AGUGUCGGCGUUGUGGAGUUGUGGUUUUGCCCACCCCUAAUAGCCGCAGUGCUAUCCUCCACCACCGCGCAUCCUUCCUCCGCUCAGGAUUCCCUUGGUGGUCACAGGGAAGAUCCUGUCCCCCAAGAAACACGGCUGCUGCGGAGGGAGAGGCAGAUAAACUACAGAUCCCAGCAUUCUCCGAUAGGCAGCACCUGCGGCAGUCCCUGCACGCCGUGGGGGAGGUGGGGGUGAGGAUGAGGAUGGAGGGCAGGGAGGAGAUGCAGGGCGCCGUGGGGCUACGCUGCACCUGGGACAUCCCGCCACCCGCUGGCACCCAGGCCAAGUGGGUGAGGCUUAAUGUGGGGGGCACUGUCUUCCUCACCACCAGGCAGACUCUUUGUCGGGAGCAGAAAUCUUUCCUCUGUCGCUUGUGCCAGGGCGAGGAGCUGCAAUCGGACCGGGAUGAGACUGGUGCAUACCUAAUAGACCGGGACCCCACUUACUUUGGACCCAUCCUGAAUUUCCUCCGUCAUGGGAAGCUGGUCCUGGAUAAAGAUAUGGCUGAAGAGGGGAUCUUAGAAGAAGCUGAGUUCUAUAACAUUGGUCCUUUGAUCCGAAUAAUCAAGGAUCGAAUGGAGGAGAAGGACUACACAGUCACUCAGGUGCCUCCUAAGCAUGUCUACCGUGUGCUACAGUGCCAGGAAGAGGAACUCACUCAGAUGGUUUCCACUAUGUCAGAUGGAUGGCGCUUUGAACAGCUUGUGAACAUUGGCUCGUCCUAUAAUUAUGGGAAUGAGGAUCAGACAGAGUUCUUGUGUGUGGUCUCCAAAGAGUUGUACAACUCCCCCAGUGGCCUAAGCUCGGAGCCCAGCCACAAAGCCAAGACUGUCCAUCUAUUCGGGAUUGCGCUAAACUCUCUUCCUGCGGACCCUCCCUUCUGCUCCCCUCCGUGUCCAUCCCAGCACUGUCAUCUACCUCCUACAUUGCCCCACUCGCCAGCCUCCAGCCUCCAGCAUCCUUCCCUCUGCUCUCUUUGUCUCCCAGGGCUCAGAGUGGUCUCUGCCCAGGGUCCUGUCUCUCUCUGCUCCUCACUUUUCCUCCUCUGCAGGUAUGUUACCUGUCUGCACUCCCAGCUCCUGCCAGCCUGAGCUCUGCAUGAGUGACUCACUUCCCUCUUGUGGCUGUUACAAGCCAGAGAUCUGAGGAUGUGAUCUCAACACUCCAGCCUUUUCAUUUCUUGUUUGUAUCUUUAUUUUUGUACUGCAGUGUAUGGCAGCCCCUUGCCCCACAGUGACGCCCUCCAGCCCCCUUCACUCUUCACAUGCAGUCAUGUUUUUUUUACAAACUCACCUUAGAGGCCUGAGCCUCCAGCCCUGGAGGAGGGCAGAUGCUCCAUGGAGCCUCUGGGCUGCUGUAGGAGCUGGAGCCCUCCUAUGCCUGGCAGUCUGGCUUUCCUUAAUGUCACAGUGGCCCCUGGUGGGGACAUCUGCAAUCAAACACUGCAGCCUGCGGUCCCUUCCUGAACACCCUGGAUGCAAAUGGGAACCCAAGGUGGUGGCAACUGCAGAAGGACCAGUCCUUGCCCUUUUGCUGUUGCAGGCAGUUGGUCUGGGCUUAUGGCCAGAGGGCAAAUGCAGAGCCACAGUCCUUUUCUGGGCUACCUGCAUUGCUCCUUGGUGCCUCCCUCCCUGUCCCCCAGAGCAGCCCUGUGUCAGCAGGGUGAGGAGACAGGUGUGCUGCCCAGGUACCUGAUGUUGUGUCAGCCAGCACCAGGAGAUCCCUGUUUUGGGGAGCGGGGUGUUUGCUUCACUGCUGUGUCUGAAGACUCCUGAAUAAAAUUCACAGUCUGUUCCUC